UACACACCCUAAUAUAUAUAUACACUCACACAAAAAUCGUUUCACAUUCUUCCACUAAUAUUCAAACUGCUUUUCCCCUUUUUCUCUCAAUUUUCCGUUCAGUCAUGCCGGAGCCCCACUUGAACGGAGCUUAUUACGGCCCUUCAAUUCCACCGCCGUUAAAAACCUACCACCGUCCAGGCCACGGCGGCGGCGGCGGAGGCUGCUGUUGCAAUCCAUUCACCUGCUGUUGCAGCUGUAUCUUCAACUGCAUCUGCACUUGCAUCUUCCAAAUCCUCUGUACUCUCUUAAUCAUCAUCGCCGUCGUCGGAUUCAUCCUCUGGUUCGUUCUCCGUCCAAACAAGGUAAAUUUCCAUAUCUCCGAUGCUUCAUUAACUCAAUUCGAUUUCUCAACUAAAAACAACACUCUUCACUACGAUCUACAUCUCAACGUCUCGAUUCGAAACCCUAAUAAACGAAUUGGGAUUUACUAUGAUUCAAUUGAAGCUAGGGCUAUGUAUCACGGCCAAAAUUUCUCGAUUGUGAAACCCGACCCGUUUUAUCAGGGUCACAAAAACACUACCGAUUUGAAUUUGGUGUUUACGGGUCAGGAUUCGGUUCAAUUAGGAUCCGAAUAUAAUAUUGAGAAGGAUACUGGGGUUUAUCAAAUUGGAUUAAGGCUUUAUUUGAGGAUUAGGUUUAAAUUUAUUUGGAUUAAGACUAAGAAGAUUAAGCCAAUAAUUAAUUGUGAUUUAAAAGUACCAUUUAAAGGUAAUGGUACUUUUAAGAGGACUCAAUGUAAUCUUGAUUGGUAAUUUUUUUGGUUUUAUUAUUUGUUGGAUUAUUGAGAUAUUAUUAUUCAAUCCAUUAGACAAUAUGGUAUUAUUAUUAUGAUUAUUAUUAUUACUAUCAUAUUGUUUUUUUUAAUGUUGUGACUAAAUAAUUUUUUUGUGUGUUGUGUUACUUUGUUUUUGAGCUUGCUUUUAUAAACAAGCUAUAUUUUGUGUAAUUUUACGAGUGGGGGUCUGAAGAGUAUGAUGUGUAUAUCGUUUUACUAUUAUCGUGAUGUGAAAAGGAGUGAUCGUUUUAAUUAGGUUA